AUGGCACCCGAACCCACCCUCGGCUGGAUCUGGCCCAAAGACCCUCGCCCCGGAAACCCAUCCCGAUGGCCACGACGCUGGCGCCUCUUCGACGUCCUCACGAACCGAGGACCGGAUAUUUACGUGGGCAGGAUAAACAACAGUCCGCACACACGCGCGCAGCCACAAACCACACAGUGGUCUCGAUGGGAAGGAGACGGCGAGAGCAACGACUCACCCUUUCCCUGCGGGAGACGAGGGUCGGAGAAAUACGAUUUCAGACGGAGGAAGUACCAGGUUCCGGAUCGGGGGACGUGGAGUUGGGUUGAGUAUUGUGAUGGGGAUCGGGAGAGGGAGAGGGGAGGACGAAGAAGAAGGCAUUUGAUUCCGCGGAGAUAUUGGGAUCGGAAUGGCGAGGUUUAUCCGGCGGGGUGUUGGCAUGAUGCUAUGUAUGGGGCGUAUUGUGAUCGUGUGAGAUGA